AUGUCUGUAGCCCGACUACCUGUCGAGGACUCGAAACUUGAGUCGAAAAGGGCUAGAGGGGAGAACCGGCCAGCAAUGAGUUUCUCUAAGGAGGAUAAGGUGGGAACCAUACAACCACAUGAUGAUGCCCUGGUGGUUACCUUCAGGAUAUGGGGAUAUGAUGUUAAGAGGGUGAUGGUGGAUCAAGGUAGUGGGGUGGAGAUUAUGUACCCUAAUUUAUACAACGGGCUGGGCUUGAAACCUAUGGACUUGACAGCUUAUGAUUCGCCUCUGGUAAGCUUCGACGGGAAAGUUGUCAUUCCUAAGGGUCAGAUUCGACUGCCUGUACAAGCAGGAUCAAAGGUGGUGGAAGUAAAUUUCAUUGUAGUGGAUGCCUAUUCUCCCUACACGGCCAUUGUGACAUGA